AUGUCUUGCGUUUUGAUGCAUUUUAACCGAUGUUUUCUCGAGUUUAUCGAGUCUUUUGAGUCUUUUGAGUCUUUAUCAAGUCUUUUCAGGUCUACAGACGUUCUGGAUAGAGUUUCUAUCACAAGGAGUAACAAGAAGUCGAACGGAGCAAAAAGGAGAACGAAGUCAGCAAAGACCGAUCGAAUCCCGCAAGGAGGUCGAUCGAUCCUCCAAGCGACUCACAGCUCGAUCGAAUCUAGACGGGCCAGCGUAGCUCAAUCGACCUCACGUAGCAACAUGGUGCAGCUCGAUUGA